AUGGCCAACUCUUCGGUGUCUCGUGAUGUCGUGGACAAUUCCGACGCAGCUGCCACUGCAAACACUGCCGCUAUACUCCCUGAUGAUCAGCCAAUCAUGACACCGCAAGAUAUCGAGGCACUUUUUGCGAGUGGCAAACAUCGACUGCUGCAACAAGUACGCACUGUAGUCUCGGGCGAUGAUGAUGAUGAUGACGAUGACGAGUCGUUGCUCCCUGAAGAGGAACUAUCAUGGCGAGUUGAACAGCUGAGUCAUGUGCUGUCGACGUUGCGCAAACUCCUCGAAACAGGAAGUACAGAGCUCGACGCCAUUGCUCAAAAGUUGGGAGAUGGCAGCAGAGAUGCAUCAUGGCGACUGCCUCUGGGGCAGUCUGGAAUUCUCGGCUUUUUUCUUGGGCUGAUCGGAAAAGAUGGACUUCGGCAGACAGUCACAUUACAUGCACUGCGUGUGAUUGGCAACUCAUGUGCUGAUACAGAACAAGACGAGAAUCGUGCUCGAGUGGUUGCCUCCAACUGCAUGCCGAGAAUUGUGAAUCUCAUCAACGACGACUCAAUGCUUGCAUUUGCGAUACCAGUCUUGUUCAAUAUUUGUGUCGACUAUGAGCCCACUCAAGUAGCCGCCUACAAGGCCGGCAUCAACCCUGAGCUUGUGACACUCAUUUCGAGCCCAAGGGUUGCAAAUGCUAAUGCUUUCAUCGGCUACAUCUGCAAGCUCCUGGCCUUGGUAGCAAAUCAAGAGCCCGAGGCAAAUUCGGUACACCCGGCAACACCCUUUGUCCUACUCAAGCUUGCGACAAGCCCAGAGUCUCUUGCCGACGUGGAAGACUUCCUUGGUCCGGCUUCGGUAGCUUUGACUUAUCUUUCCAACGAGACAUUUCAGGAAGCCUUUCUCCAAACUCCCAACUCGAUAUCUUUGUUUCUCAGGGCAUUCUCCGAAGCUUGCAUCACUCUCAACCUGAAUACAUCGGAUCCGGAUGAGAUCUCAGAAUUGAGAAAAGUUAAAUCCAUCUUUACGCAAGCAUUGGCAGAUCUUUCGGCACACGCUCUAUUCGCAGCGGCAUGUCCUAUUGGCAGCCCAGAAAUACAAACCCUACAGAAAUGGAUCGGUAGUUCUCAAUCAGAUCUUCAGAGUGCUGCUUGUCUCGCCCUGGGCAACAUUGCUCGCUCAGACGAUGUAUGCAUUGCCCUUGUCCAGAAGAUGGCGAUCCACCGUUCAUUGGCGGCUACCAUUUCCAACCCUUCAAUCACGGAUGCACAACUUCUGCAUUCGACAUUGAGCUUUCUCAAGAACUUGGCUAUUCCACUGGUCAACAAAGUUACCAUUGGCGAUGCGGGGCUCUUGGAGCCAAACGCUCUUCCUCGAAUCUGGGAGCUUGAUACACAGAUCCAGGUACAAUUCACAUCAGUGUCUCUGACGAGAUUACUAUUGGUAUCGAGCCCCGAAAAUGUAAAGAGGAUAUGUGCACCCUUAAGCGCAGAUCCGGCUUCUCCGGCAUAUGAGAAGACAUAUUUACACAAUCUCUUGAAGCUUUUUAUACGGUCUGAUCAAGAACCCACCAAGACUGAGGCAGCACGGGCUACUGCAGCAGUGUUAAGGAUCCUCCACUCUUCAGAAGACCCUUCAUCACUUCUGCCUGUGCCGUCCACAACACCAUCCGCAAGUUCGUCGCCAGACCAGUACGUCAACUCACCUGGUUCCUCGCCAGAGCCAACUGGACAGAAUUCACAAGCACUGUCGAUGACGGCUCCAUCCGCGCUGGAGGCUUUCUACAACAACCAUGACACGAUUCCUGACGCACUCAUAUUCCUGGGAACUCGGGAGAAGUUUCCCGUCUUGAGAUCUGAUCUCUGGUUUGUGAUGGCGCUCAUGUCUCGCUCUGCGCGUGGUGCCGAUCUUGUCGCCACAUGCCUGCAGAACAUUGAGCUCCUCCGCGCCCUGAUACAGACCGUGACCGGCCAUGACAUGCUUGCCGGGAAGGAGUCGGAAUUGAUCGCGGCAGACGGAGCUUUGCACGGGUCUGCAAUCACUGAGUCUGUACCUCCACAAAACCUUAUUGCGGGCCAAGAAGACACGGGCAUUCCUGGCAUCUCGAGCCUUCCAGGUGUUCCCAAUGGCCUCGAGCCACAGCAAGUCGACCCUGCCAAGAAAGCAGGCAUGGCUCGUGUAGACCGCGAGAAUGGACUCGUCCUCAUUGCCGAGCUGCUCCAGCGUUGUCCAGAGAAGUUGCGCAUCCUACCUCAAGAAACGUUCCGCGAGAUACUCAAAACGGGAGGCGAGCAAGUCCUUAGCGACCGAGCCGGGGGCUCAGAUGGUUCGCAAUGA